UUUAAUCCGCAAGAGUGCGAGUCCGAUACAGAGCACGCUUUCUGCGCGCUCCUUCCGGCGGAAACUGAAAGAGAAAGCAGAGAGCCGCGGGUGAAAACUUCCCGUUUUCACUUUUCACACCUAGCGCAGAAUCGCCUUUAUUAGCGGGACCGACGGGCGAGCAAGAUGGAUCACAACAGCAAACCGAGCAUCUCUCCGAGAACAAGCAGACCCUCUCCUCGCUCCUGCUGCGCUCUUUUAUUUAAACCGCUUCGAGCUCAGUUCCUCCGCACGACCGUACAAUCCCGACGAUGGAGACGACAAGCCUGUGGAAAUGCCUGUUUCUCCUGCUCUGCAGCCAGACCUGCGCUCUGGGAUGCAGGUGGAUUGUGAACGGAUAUAAUAUCGUGAGCAGAGACGCCUUAUCGCUCAUCAAUAAGAUGGGCGGAGAGACGGUCGUGGACACGGGAGAUGUCCGCUUCCCCCAGCCACUGUACAAUCGCGUCAGAAAGAUGAGCACGGAACAUAAGAUUGCGUUCAUGGAUGAGACCCUCCAUCACCUUCUACGCCUCUACGCCGAGAAUCUGGACUCUGUGACCUGGGACAGGAGUCUUCUGAACAAAUUGAUAGCCGUCAUCCACCGCCAGGCACGCGAGCUUCGGAGCUGUGAAGCGUCCCAGAAAAGAGACGAGAACCUGCAGCUGUACUUUAAGAAGCUGAACGAAAACACUUUGAAAAAGGCGCCGGAAGAGGAAGCCCUCAGCUGCCCCAGGGGCGCCGAAUAA